AAAACGUUGUUGUUACCAAAAGCAACGCAAGUCGAAAGCUCUCAAGCUCGCAUAUUCAACUACAGGCAAUACUUAGACAAGAACCGAAGGUAUGUACGUAAUAUUCUAGAUUUUCUGAAUUCUUAAUUGCAUAGUUAAUAUCUAUAGUAAUGAACUGAGACGUUACCAGUACAGGGUCUCUAAACUAGAGAAAUGACAAUAACCGGUUGCCAGUAGCUCGCGAUCGACCAGUGCAAAUUAUGAAUUGUACUGAAUGGUAUCACGGGCCACGAAAACAUUAUACGCUGUGUGAGCAGUUUGUUGGCAAGCCAGGAGGGCUCGAAAACUACAAGUCUAUACCAUUCCUCUGCAAUCGUGCUGACCUUUGAAUUCAAUCGGCGGAGUGACUGUUGAGUUCUGUUUUACUGUUGACAUGUUCGAUCGAUUAGCUUUUCCCAGAACUCAUUACUCCGAGCACUGCGGGAAUCUUCCCUCCUCGAAAACCAUUGCAUUCCAGUUCAGGCCUGAAAAUGAAAAGGUGAGGGCAGUGAAAACUAGACAGAAUCUGGUCAGUGAGGGUCCCCAAUUAUAACUACACUCGAACCUCGUGUGGGCGACCACCUCUCAUAAGCGACCUCCUCUUCUGGAACUACACAUAUAUCGUAACUUUGAGACUGCAUGUUGUAAAUUAUCUUCCAUAAAGUAGAUGUGUCCGGACCUCUCCUUGGAAGAACACCUGUCGUUGGAACAGGGUCUGGGAGGGUGCUUGGGGGGGGGGGGGGGGGUCUGAUCCCGUUUCCAUGACAAUCCCACAUCCCGAACUUCUGUCAUCUCGAUCCCAAAUACCAUUUUCUUUCUCAAUACGGCAUCUCGUGCCAAGAUUAUCGCAAAUCCCGCCUCCAGAGCAGUGUUCAAAUCCCGCAAAAUUUGGCUUUUUUCCGAAUCCCGCAGUCUAUUUAGGGUCAAAUCCCGCAUACCGAGAUACCCCUUCCAGACUCCGCUAAAUAAUUGCUUAUGAGAGGUUCGACUCUAUUUACUGUUUCUAUACAGGAAGCCAAAUGGCCGACACACAGUCUUUUAACUUCAGCUGCCUUAACGCUGUAAUAACCACGUACCAUACCUGCCUUGAUGACGUAACAACGAUGACCACGCCCAGCUUGUCGUGGUUUUACCCCAUCACUUUUGUUGGUUUCUUCAGCGCCCUGCUUCUCGUCAUGGUAAUUUGCUGUGCUAUCGGAGCCGUCGUAUUUUCCAGCUCCAAAUCUUCUUUUCGUCACGAGUUUAAAGAGACGAUUGAAGUAAUCGUGUGCCUUUUUACUGCACACUUGUCCUUUGCGGCUCUGGUAAUAAAUUCCGUUUGGUUAGUUGGACAAGUGUUAGCCUCAGUGUGCGACAUGUUAUCUCUGAUACCACAUUGA